CCAUAAAUGACCCUCGGCCCUCUCACUAUUUUCAGUCUGGCUUUUCUCCCCCUCCCUCUUCAUCACUCCAGCAAAAGCAGAACCCAAAGUUGCACUUUUUAGGGUUCCCCUCUCCCUUCAAUUCCGCCAUGGGAAAACCUCGAGACUUCUACGAGGUCCUCAACAUACCCAAGAACUCUUCCCCUCAACGAAUCCGCAAAGCCUACAAGACUCUCGUCAAGCAAUGGCAUCCCGACAAACAUCCUAUUUCCACCAAACCCGAAGCGGAAGCAAUGUUCAAAGCCAUCGCAGAAGCCUAUGAGCAGGCCCUUAUUGAAAUCCAGGGCAAACCGCUAUUUGUAGACUAUGACAGCGGUGGCGGAGUAGGAGCACCAAAUCGUUCCCGGAGCAGGCCGCCGGCGCCGGCACCGGCUGCGAGUUUUCGCGGUGAGGAGGAUAAUAGGAAACCUCGCAGCCAACCUAAGGAUGUGCACCACACGUCCUCUUCGCAAAAGUCCGGCUUUGGUUCUAAUUCCGCUCCUGCAUCGCGAAAGCCGCCGCCUUUGGAGAGGAAGCUGGAGUGCACGCUUGAGGAACUUUUUAAUGGCUGCAAGAAGGAAAUCAGCUUUGACAGAGAUGUUGUUGUGAAUGGGUAUUUUAUUCUUUCACUUAACUUUUUUUGUUUCAGAUUCUGAUUGAGCUUUUUAUUAUGCUGAUUGUCUUGUGAAUCUGAAUUGUUGUUUUUAAACUCGUAAGAUGAUUGGAGGCUUUCAACUUUUUUUUUCUUUUUGUAAAAAUUUUUGGGGUUCUUUUACUGAAUUCUCAGCAUUUAAAAGCAGCGCAGUAGAGCUUCAAUGAAUUUGAAGAGAUAGCAGUGUUGCUUAAGGGUUCAGCAAUGAAUAUAGGAGGAAGAUAUAUAUUUUCUUUAAAAGAAUACAUCUUUGAGUCUUUUACAUGGCGGAUUAGUCUUUAUUUGGU